UGAUAUGUUGUGCUGCUUAAGAACUGGAACGGACAGCGCACGCUUGCUUUCUCAUCCACUUUUCACAAAGCAGCAUCCAUCUGAGCGUGCAAUACAUGUUAUAAGCUGACUUUUCUGUGACUUCCGAUGGUUUUAAAAAGCUUUAUUGCCAUGGCACAAUGGUCGAUUUUAUCUUUAUACAUUCUCCAAGGAUUGUUUCCUUUCAUCACCGGGCAGCAACAGCAGCGUACUGGCCCUUGGCGGCACCGGAUACAGUGGGAGAACAACGGGCAGGUUUACAGCUUAAUGAGCACCGGAUCCGAAUUCCAGGCUCCGGUGCGGUCCAGAAGCCAGUCGAGGGUCUACGUGAGCAGCAGGAGAGAUAGCGCCAGGAUGCCCGGGGCGCACGAAGGAACAGCGCACAGAAGAGCCAGCCAGUCUGAGCCCAGACAAUUCAGGACCGACCAAGCAACCCAGCCAGGCACUGCGCUUGGACCGGACAGCGGGCAGUACGCACCUGUUUAUGGUCGUGCGUCAGGGGCCAGAAACCAGCCUGAGCUUCACCGACAAGGAGGUGCGGGUUAUCCAGGCGCACGGCGCUACAUCCCAGAAUACACCAAUAGAAUCAACGCGUCAGCAUCGGGAAGUUUGACUGACUUUUCACGCAGUGGGGCACCGAGAAGAGGAGAUGCGGUCACCCAGGAUGCUACUGCACAGCACAGAGGCAGCAGGCCAGGGCCUGGCGCCGAGUACCAUCAGUUACGCGCGGUGCCAGAGGCAGCCUCUGUCGCCAGGCAACCCGCGCAAACGGAGCACUCCACAGCAGGACAUCCCACAGCUUCUGAAAGGGAACCUGCGGCACCCGCUCCCUUUCCUGUACUAAGCGAGGACGUCUCAGACGACACGAGUAACGGAGAGGAGAUGGUUAACGAUGACCCUCGAAACCCAUUCAAAAACCACAGGAAUUCUGUUUUUUACAACGCGUACCCAUCAAGAGGGAGGUCAGCGGCCCGCACGCGUCGUCCGCCUGGCACCGGGUAUGGAACAAGAUAUUUCCAAAAUGGACUGCCAGACCUGGUCCCAGACCCCUAUGCCAUUCAAGCAGGUGCCUACAUCCAGCGUAUGCAGAUGUACGCACUGCGCUGUGCAGCAGAGGAAAACUGUCUAGCCAGGUCGGCUUACGCACCCACCGUACGAGACAUCGACUACCGAGUCCUCCUGCGCUUCCCCCAGAAAGUGAAGAACCAAGGCACGACCGACUUCCUUCCUGUUAAGCCAAGAUACCAGUGGGACUGGCACAGCUGCCACCAGCACUACCACAGCAUGGAUGCCUUCAGUAACUACGACCUCCUGGAUGUCAUGACUGGGCAAAAGGUGGCCGAGGGACACAAGGCCAGCUUCUGCCUGGAGGACACAGGCUGUGAUGCCGGCUUCAGGCGACGCUACGCCUGCACAGCUCACACACAGGGGCUGAGCCCGGGAUGCCAUGACAUCUAUGCUGCCAAUAUCGACUGUCAGUGGAUCGACAUCACCGACGUACCUCCAGGAAACUACAUCCUAAAGGUCACUGUCAAUCCCAAUUUCCAUGUCCAAGAAUCAGACUUUUCCAACAAUGUAGUGAGAUGUGAUAUCACAUACACAGGAAUCUACGUUCAGACGCGCAACUGUCGAGUAACGAGGGGUUGAAGACUUCAGUUCCUGUACUAUUCAGAGGUGCUUUGCAUCAAGCAUUGUCCUAUGUACUGUAUUACAACAAUAAAACUUUGUGCUACAUUCCUCCCAUAGAUUUUUGUCACAUUUAUCAGUAAGACAUGCAAAAUCUGUUUACAUCGAAUUUGUAAAUUAAACUACAAGACCACACAAUAAUGCAUUUUUACUGAGGUGACAUGAUCCAUUCCAGAGGGAUAUUUUUGUACCUCUUUAGGCCUUGAAAGUGGAGGUGAAAGUAUAAGUACUGUGCUCAUGUUAUAUUUUUAUUGCUUGAAUUGUGCUGUUAUGUGCAGUCAUUAGUUUGUUCCAGUUUUAUUUAACCACUUGGUGGUGAUACUAGUAAAUUGCAAAUAUCUAUUUUUUAUGUAAAAUAUCACAGAUAGUUUGUUGGAAUACUUUUACGUGUGUUUAUGAGUGUAUACAAAAUA